GUGGGGAGGAGGGGAGACACAACCCUCGCCAAUCGCCAUUUUCCGUCAAGCUCAAUCAAGUCAGCUUCUUUCGCUGUGUUUGUGUUGUGUGUUGAAAAAUUACCUGUACCGAUGAAUAUCAAUGGGCAAUUGUGUUGAUUUCGAAGCCAAAUUAUGGCUAGCUUAUUGUGUAUGUGGCUCUAAUGCACCCUACAAUCAGUGAUGAUGGCCGAGUGAUUGAUAAAGUGAAGUGUUUUGUGUCGUAUGCUGAUCUGCCGCAGCAACAUUGAGUUCCUUUCUCUGGAUAUAUCGUCCAGACGACAUCGGAUCAUUUAAUCAAAAUAAGAGUUACACCAUGUCGUCAAAAAAUAUCCCAGGAGAUAAGAUAAAUCUGCGGUUAAUACUUGUGUCUGGCAAGACUAAGGAGUUCGUGUUCUGUCCGGUGGAUUCAGCUGGCGACAUCGCUAUACACGUCUAUGACAAUUGGCCUGAAGCUGACUGGUCAUCAGAGUGCGUCUCCCGUGCAGAGAUCCUCCGACUCAUCUACCAGGGUCGCUUCCUGCACAGCUCAGUGACACUGGGCGCACUAGGCUUGCCCCUCGGACGUACUACCGUCAUGCAUCUAGUGCCACGCGAACAUUUGCCCGAGCCCAAUUCGCACGAUCAACGACAAAAGAGCAAAGGCGGUUCGAGCAGUUGCUGUUCGGCGUCGUGCUGCAUAUUGUAAUGAGAGACUCAAAUGUGUUCACACUCAGUGGUUAAUCGGUCACGGCACUUGUGAUGUUUUUAAAAGACUCGCUUAUUUUAAGAGAUUAUCUUAGAUAAUUUCCUUUAGUUUAAUAAUUCGCUAGCACUCGGAAACCAUCGAGCACAAAAUUCUAAACUUUACGCACACCUUACGAACUCUUUAAAAAUAUCGCAAGCGUACACAUUUCAGGUAAUACCGGCCUACCCGCAGAUUCGGUGGGAUGUUCAGAAGUGAGACUUGCGUUGAGUAUCAUUCCGGUAUGUCAAAAUUCAAGAGUAUUUCGACAUACGGAAGUUAUGCUCAGCGCUGUCUCGUUUUUGAGUCUUACUUAAGAGUCGAUAGUUAGCGUUCGACUUCAGUAUUUCAAACACGUUUUGGAUUUGACGCACGGGAGUUGGUGCUAAGUAUCGACUUUGAAUCUUACAGUGAAUAGUUUAGUGUUGCCAGUUAAUGUCAGAUUGGGUCUUAGAUAAAUUUUAGUGAUGAACGGCAAUGUAAACUAUUAUAUGGGUGAUUUUGGGUAGCGUAAGUGGCCACACCGUUAGCUCAUUAUAGAAUCGCUGCCGCGUUUAGGUAAGUGAAAAUUAAAUGUAUAAAUGGAACGAGUUUGUAUACAAAAUAGUUCCUCUAGUUCGGCUUGUAUGUUUGUUCGUAUAAAUUCUUAAGCGAUCGACUUAUAAAUGACAAAUUAUAUGUAGAAUUCAGUACGUUGUAUAUAGUUUUAUUCGUUUGGUUAAGUUAAUGCAAUAUAUGAAAUUUAUUUUUAAAAAUUUAAUAUUUACAUUCGCUAGUUGUAGCUUAAACGGAGUUGGUCGCGAUUUAGAAUAAUUCCAGUAAUAAUAUUUCAAACGCAACACGGCGACUGAUUUGUAUGAGAAAAUUAAUU